GUUGGAAGAUAUAUCUUAAGUUCCAUUGUUAUUGCAGGGUCACAAAAUCUAUGUUCCUAACAUGAUUAGUGGUGCAUCUCAAGCCGAUGUUGGAGUGUUGGUAAUUUCUGCUUGAAAGGGAGAAUUUGAAACUGGAUAUGAGAGAGGUGGACAAACUCGUGAGCAUGUCCAACUUGCAAAAAUAUUGGGUGUGACUAAGCUGCUUGUUGUUGUAAAUAAAAUGGAUGAUCCAACUGUGAAUUGGGCAAAAGAAAGGUAUGAUGAGAUUGAGUCAAAGAUGAUUCCAUUUUUGAGACAAUCAGGAUACAAUGUGAAGAAAGAUGUCAUGUUUUUGCCAAUAUCUGGUCUGAUUGGCACCAACUUGCAAACAAGAGUGGAUAAAAGCAUUUGCUCAUGGUGGGAUGGCCCUUGCUUAUUUGAAGCGCUUGAUGCUGUUGAAGUUCCUCUACGAGACCCCAAUGGUCCUUUCAGGAUGCCUAUACUUGAUAAAUUCAAAGACAUGGGAACUGUCGUUAUGGGGAAAGUGGAAUUUGGCAGUGUCCGUGAGGGAGAUUCCUUGUUGGUCAUGCCAAAUAAGGAUCAAGUUAAAGUUGUUGCUGUAUUCAUUGAUGAAAAUCGGGUUAGGCGUGCAGGACCUGGUGAAAAUUUACGGAUUAGGUUAUCAGGUGUUGAAGAGGAGGAUAUAUUAUCUGGGUUUGUUCUGUCUAGUGUUGCAAAUCCAGUGCCAACUGUUACUGAGUUUGUUGCUCAGCUGCAAAUCCUUGAAUUGCUGGACAAUGCUAUUUUUACUGCUGGGUACAAGGCUGUAUUGCAUAUACACUCUGUUGUUGAAGAAUGUGAAAUUGUUGAGCUGUUACAGCAAAUAGAUCCAAAGACAAAGAAACCAAUGAAAAAGAAAGUGCUAUUUGUGAAGAAUGGUGCUGUUGUUGUGUGCCGUGUUCAGGUUAGUAACACGAUAUGUGUUGAGAAGUUUUCUGAUUUUCCGCAACUAGGGAGAUUCACUCUUCGCAGUGAAGGAAAAACUGUUGCGGUUGGGAAAGUCACUGGUGUGUGAGUUUCUACCAAUUUUGUCUAGAGAACUACAGAUCAUCUUGGAGUUCUACGGUGUGUUUAUGUGCUAAAGAAUGUUUUCACGAGACCAACAAAUCAAUUUUGCAACUGCGUCACUCACUUGCAUGUGGACUGCAGAAAAGAUUCAGUUGUCAUUUGUUUAUAGUCUGUUACUUUUCAGAAAACCUGCUGAGAUACUUGUGGUCUAAGAGCAGUUUAUGUGAACAGGAUGGGAUUCUUGCACAGAUAAGUAGAUUUGCAGCGUUGAGGCAUUGUCGACAUCAUGAGUUACAAAUAUAUUUAUUUAAAAUACUUACUUUUCCUUCCACCAGAGGCAGAUAUUUAUAGACACGCUGCUACCAUGUACUUGUAAGUUGUAUGAGGCCUAGAAAGGCCUUGCUUGGCUGGUUCAGUAUCUUUUCGGUGGUUUUGGAUCAAUCCACCUUAGUUCGUAGCAGCAGAAUCUUAUGAUUCUCAUAUUUUGACAUAAUUAAACAAAUCUCCAAUCCACAGUUGACCAGUAUAUUUAUUUUUAUGUUGAUGUGAUUUUA